AGCGAGUAUUUCCUGUUGAAAGAGCAGAGCACCAGUGGAACAAUGGUGGAAGAAAAUUUGCGAAUUCAUACGUUCACCGAGAUUCCGUCGCCGGAGAUAUUCUCUUCUCAAAUUGAACCUAAAAACGUUCCAGCGGUCAUCAAGGGAUGCAUAAAGAAUUGGAAGGCUUUCUCAAAAUGGAAUCCGUCGGACGGUGGCCUAAUCUACUUGCAGGAAUGUGUAGGCUCAGUAGCUGUGGAAGCUAUGCUGUCCAGAUCUGCACCAGUCUUUUAUGGUGAUAUUAGAAGCCAUGAAAGGGUCCCAUUGAGCUUCUCUACCUUUAUCAGAUAUUGCUUGGGCCUAUUGAAAAAUAGGGAUGGAAGGCAAGAUGAUUUUUUGGAAUCUCAGAAGCAUAGUCUUGCAGUAUCUGACACUGAGCAAACUGAUUUACUUUUUGGAGAAGUUCCUCAGCAAUUUUAUUUAGCACAGGUACCAAUUCUGAAUUUUGAGAAAAAGGAGCACAUGCAACUGGAGUGCCUUGGAGAAGAUAUUCAAACGCCUGUACCUUUGGAGACCAAAAGCCUGUCUUCUGUUAAUUUGUGGAUGAACAGCAUGAAGGCUAGAUCCAGCACACACUACGAUCCACACCACAACCUCUUAUGUAUAGUCUCUGGAUGCAAGGAAGUUACUUUAUGGCCACCUUCUGCAACUCCUUACUUAUAUCCACUACCUCUCUAUGGGGAGGCUUCAAACCACAGCUCUGUUACUUUAGAAGAACCAGAUCUUUCAGUAUAUCCAAGGGCGGCAUUCCUAAAUGGCUUUUCGCAAAAGGUUGUUCUUCAUGCUGGUGAUGCCCUGUUCAUUCCUGAAGGAUGGUUUCAUCAAGUGGAUAGCGAAGUUUUAACCAUCGCUGUUAACUUUUGGUGGCGGUCCAUGACAAUAUCUGGCAUGUUGGACCAUAUGGAUGCAUAUUAUUUGCGUAGAAUAUUAAAAAGAUUGACUGAUAAGGAAAUGAAUAAGAUGCUGCAUUCUCCUUCAAGUAGUAUGGAUAAGACUAUGACUUGCACUACUUCCCAGCCUAAUAAUGCAUAUAGAGUAGAUCAUGGACACCAGGGAAUCAGCACGAAUUGUGGCAACAGAAGUUCAAAAGAUGAAGUUUACUCGAAAGUGACGCUGCAAGAUUUGGAGCCAUGUGCAUCACAGUCUCUGAAUGAACUUAUUUCAUUGGUUCAUGACCGUCUCAAUCCAAGCAAGCUGACGGAAUCUACAAAUAAUUCAUCUGCUGGGGAGAACGAUGAGACAAACAAAAGAAAAGAGGACUCAUGUAGCACCAACGAUGAUCCAGUUGCUAAUCUUAUUUUGACUCUUCAUCCACUUAGAAUCCACAGUGUCUUUCUUGCAAUGGCAAACAAUUUUCCAAGAACAUUAGAGGCUUUAGUAUUGCAUGCACUCACUCCUGUUGGAUCGGAAAUCCUCACUCGAAAAUUUGAAGAGAUGGAUCAGCUAAUAUCAGGAGAAGACCAGAACCAAUUCUACCAGAUCUUUUAUGGCGUGUUUGAUGACCAGUCUGCGGCUAUGGAUGUACUUCUGAAUGGCAAGGAAUUAUUUGCUCGUCAGGCAUUUGAGAAUGUGCUCGAUCAGUACCUGGGAAAUAAUCCUGAUGGGCCAAAGCAACAAACCAAAUAGAUACCAACUGGCACUUCAAUAAGAAUAUGGUCUUUGAAUUGGAUGACCGACUUCUCCUCUCCAACUUUUCCUUCGUUUGGUAUUUGAUUUGGAUGACCAACUUCUCCCUCUCCACUGUUUUUCUCUUCAUUUGGUACUGCACAUAAGACGCUGUUGUAACCCUAUAUUACUGAGGUCCCCACUAAAUUUAGCUGCCAUUUUAUUGCGUGUUUUUGUAGAUUCUGUGACAUAAUUUCACAUUGAAGUUGAGAAUUGUUUCUGUUUAUCUUGUAUAAUACCUAUAAUAUUUUGUAUUUGGGAGUUGCGUUGUUUAGAAGCAAAUUUUGUUUAAGGAGAUUCUUGAUAUGACAGUUUUUGCUUUUUCUUUCCGUUCUA